AUAAAAAAAACUUCUAAACAUCUCCAACUGAAAUCCUUACGCUAAAACUUUCCUAUUUAUAAACUCAUCGAAAUGAAUACACGUCUUAACAUCUGGCCUCUUUGGUCGCAACGCAUAUUUGCAAGAAUGAUUUACGAUCCUGCCCAUUCGUCUGGCUUAAUCCGCGCGAGCGGAGACACUUUGUCAGCACAAAGCGAGAAAGUACCGCACCCAGCAGAAGUAUAGAACCUGUCGUGUCGCUAACCAUUUACUUAGCUGCACACUCGCGCAAAGCAGCCAGCGAGGGAGAUCCUCUCAGCUGAUAUCCACCAGCAAGCAACUACCCACGAAGGAUGUUCGAAACUCAUCGAGAAGCUCGCGCCACCAAGCCAAACGCUGAUGAUCCUCUCCAUGCUGUUUGUGGGCGCAGCAUUCAGUCGACAGUUAGCAGCAUCGCAUAGCAGACGUUGAAAUUUCGCGAUCGCGCGAAUCGACCCGGCAAAUUAAACACGAUCGUCGUGAGCCGCGACUUUAUCUUUUUUUUUUUUGCUGAAGUCACCUCACCCACUGUAGACCUCUGGGUUCCACUCGAUCGCACCCCGAUCGAGUUUGUUACAAGAUAAACAUUUGUUUCUGGCUGUAGUAUGGUGCAUGGAUGGAUCAACAAAAGCACCAUGACGCGAUCGUUCUUCAUAGCCGCGGCUGUCGUUAUCCUGACAAUGAGCGAUCGUGCCGUAGCAAAAAUCUUCAAGAGGUGCGAGUUGGCACGUGAGCUGGCACUCAAACAGGUGCCGGAAGCCGAAAUUGGGGAUUGGUUGUGCAUCGCCGAGCAUGGAUCGCGGUUCAACAGCUCGGCUAAUAAUCUCAAGUACAAAAGAUUCGGGGGUUCUGCAUAUUAUGGGAUCUUCCAGAUCAGUGAUCUUUAUGGCUGUUUGAAAACUUCUAUAUGUGGACUUUCUUGUGCCGCUUUAAAAGACGAUGAAGUGGAUGAUGACAUCGAUUGUAUGAUGAAAAUUUACGGCGAGUAUAGCCGAGAAAUUGGAGAUGGUUUCGCCGCUUGGCCGGUGCAUAAAAUUCAUUGCCGUAACCCGGCGAACUACAUACCUUUUAAGGAAUGCUUGAACGAAGAAGUCAUGAGAUUUCAAUCGUAUUACAAAAGGAAAAGAGCGAAAGCUAAGAAGGCUGAUUUGAAAGCGAUAGCAGAAGUGGGAAAAGUGUAUGAUCGAUGUGAACUGGCUGCUGAACUACGGGAUAAGUACCAGAUGCAGUCAGAGCAAAUUCCUACAUGGGUUUGCAUAGCGUAUCAUGAAAGCCGUUUUAACACAUCUGCCGAAGGUCGCCUGAACGCAGAUGGGAGUGGUGAUCACGGACUAUUUCAAAUAAGUGAUAUUUAUUGGUGCUCUACAGGGCGAUCUCCAGGCAAGGCAUGCGGCGUGACAUGUGAAGAUAUGCGAAACAACGACAUUAGUGAUGAUAUCCGCUGCAUCAAUACGAUAUUUAAGGAACACCAAAGAAUUUCUGGGAACGGAUUUAACGCAUGGUCUGUCUACCAACCCUACUGCCAGGGAAGAGAGGAGAGUUUCGUUCACAACUGUUUCGACACAACCAAACCAACCAAACCAACCGAAGUAAUUCGUCCACGGCCGGCCAUAACGGCUCCUACUACACCGAAAACCAAAUCGUCGGUUGUCUCGAUCGGUAAAAUCUAUGACCGAUGUGAGCUGGCGAACGAUCUUCUGCACAAGUUCAAACUUCCCAAAGAUCAAGUGGCAACUUGGGUAUGUAUUGCGUAUCACGAAAGCAGCUUCAAUACGUCGGCGGAGGGCCGUUUGAAUGCGGAUGGAAGCGGUGAUCAUGGACUGUUUCAAAUUAGUGACAUUUAUUGGUGUUCGCCUCCAGGAAAUGGGUGGGCCUGUGGAAUAAGUUGCGAUGAUCUGAAAGAUAACGACAUAAGCGAUGAUGUGCAAUGCAUUCGGAAAAUAUUCGACGAACAUCAGAGAUUAUCUGGGGACGGCUUCAAUGCGUGGUCAGUGUACAAGCCAUACUGUCAAGGGAAGUCAGAUAGCUAUGCCAAGGGGUGCUUCGGAUCGGAUGAUGAUCAUACAGUCACUUCCGCUUUGCCCAAGCCUGCUAUCACUGCUCCUACUCGCGUUCCUCCUAAAAAGUUGGGAGUAACUCGCGGAAAAGUGUACACUAAAUGUGAACUCGCAAGAGAAUUGUACUACAGACAUCGACUCUCGAUCGAGGAUACUGCUAUGUGGACUUGUAUCGCUCAAUAUCAAUCGAACUUCAACACCUCGGCCGUAGGAUAUGGAGGUGGAGACGUGCAGUACCACGGCAUGUUUCAGCUCAGUGAUGAGUACUGGUGUUCGCCUCCUGGUCGUGGUUGGGUCUGUGGACUACCUUGUUCCAAUUUGGAGGAUGACGAUUUAAGUGAUGAUCUCGCUUGUAUGAAUCACAUCUACGAAGAACAUCAGAGGAUCUCUGGCGAUGGUUUCAACGCGUGGGCCGUAUAUCAACCUAACUGCAAAGGGAAGGCUCAGAACAUGAUUGAGGGAUGCUUCGAGGAAGGAGAGAAUGCAAUCAUUCCAACUACGACGAAACGAGUUCCUCAUAGGAAGCAAAAUGUUGGAGUUGGAAAGAUUUAUGAACGUUGUGAACUGGCUCGCGAGUUGUAUUACGUACACAAUCUGCCGUUUGAGCAGAUCGCCACUUGGGUUUGCAUUGCUCAUCGAGAAUCUAACUACAAUGUAUCCGCGAUCGGUAGACUAAACGCUGAUGGAAGUGAAGACCAUGGACUGUUUCAAAUAAGUGACAUCUAUUGGUGCUCACCUCCAGGAAAAGGUUGGGUUUGUGGAAUAGCGUGCUCAGACCUUGAGGAUAACGACAUAAGUGAUGAUAUUCAGUGCAUGAAAACAAUAUUCGAAGAACACACACGGCUCUCUGGAGAUGGAUUCACUGCUUGGGCUGUUUACAGGCCUUACUGCCAAGGAAGAUCCGAUCAUUACAUCAAAGGGUGCUUCGAUGAAACGACAACAGUGCCAUCAACCACUGCAAGGAAAACAACAUCAACGACUCAAAGAUCAACUGGUACCACAAAACGAUCAACUUAUUCGUGGUUCACCCCAACUACCAGAAAACCUACUACUGCCCUAACAUACAAAACUGUACGGACAUCAACUACCAAAAAAUCAACACUGCCAUCAACGAUAACUACCCGUUCUACAACUACCCCACGAUCUACAAUUGGAUCUACAAAGUCGACAACAAGUCUCUAUGAUUUUUAUUUGAACCAUUUUGGCCGCCCAAACACAGCUCCGGCUUCCUUCACUGCCUACACUCUGAAACCACCGAGUUCACCGAAACCUGCCCUUUCUACGACCGCUGCUCGAAUAACGGCCUGGAAAUCUUCCACUGAUCGAACUACAACGCGGUCCACCACUAUCAGAGCACCUACAUUGAGCACCACCACGUAUUCAAGAUUCGAUCAACUUUUUGAUAAUUUUAAACAUGGAUAGCCGAAUAAACAGACCUUUAGUUCAAAAUCAAACAUAACUCAUUCAAAGAAAUGUCCUUCACCUUUGGUAGUUUGUUAAACAAAUUGAUCGAUCGUAAAUCGACGUCCUUCACAAUCGAUUCCACGUACCUACGUUUUUUAUUCAAUUACAUCCAUCAUAGCUGAGGAUCGUCUUCAAGAGUCGUAAAUCAAA